UGAUAGUGUCUCCUUAUUUACGGUUCGACGUCCGGAUCUGGCAAAAACUGCAGAUGAACGUUCACAUCGAGAGUCGCUGACGAAUUUUUUGUUGUCAGUUCGAGAUGUGAAAAAAGGAGAUGUUAUAAAACAAAUGUUAUUGAAAGAGACGUAAGUUUGCUUUUUUCGUUUACUUUUUAUUUAACUGUAUCUAUUAAAAAGUUGAAUUUUAGCGCAGCUAUAUGUGAGAGGCACUUUUCGACCAAGGAUGUAGUAAUGAAAGGUUCUAGAAAACAGCUGAAGCUUGGUGCUAAACCAUACAAAAAUUUGCCAAAGUCCACAGUUCGCAGUCACUCACCCAGGAAAGAACCAGCCAUUAGACAAGCAGUUUUAAAAAUCAGGCAUCAGUGCAUACAGGAUUUGCAGAAGUCACAAAUGAAAUUGUCAGAGAACAUUAAAGAUUCAUGGAUAUUUUAUACCUGGCGGUCCAAGUUUAUAGCCGAAUUCAAAGAACCAGAUUUUUUGUUGCCCCGUAUCAGAAUUGAAUUUAAUGCUGAUGCUGCAGUAUCCUCGCUAGCCCUCUGUGGAUGGACUGUCCCUACAACUAAGUUUAGUAUUGGAAAUGGACAAUAUGACACACUGUGCAGCUUACUCCGUGAAGCAGAAAAACUUAUUCUAUGUUGUGGAAUAAAAGAAGCCGAUGAAAAAUCCAAAAUUCAUCCUUACUUAAAAUGGAAUGAAAAAAAGAUUGUUACCACCAAUAUUAUACGAUCACCUAACUGCAAUAUUAUUGUUGACCAACACUGUAAUGAAGUUCCUGUCUGUCAGGGGUGUUUAAAUUACAGUGGCUUCAGCAGAAACGAUGCUGUGGAAGUAAACAAGGAAGUGCAUGACACCAUUAAAGUUGUUUUUGAUAAAGAAUUACACAAUCUCGGUGAAUGGCAAAAAAUGUUUUACCAAAACCAAAUUCAAAAUGCCUCAGCUUCAGUCUAUGCAAGGAGAUAUCAUCCUGAUGUGAUCAGGUGGGCAAUUGAACUGUUUUGUCGUUCACCAGCUGCUUAUGAACACAUCAGACAAAGCAAUGUUUUAACUCUUCCUUCAGUGUCAACUAUUAAAAGUUACGGAAAUUGUAUUCCUGCUAAGACAGGUUUAAACCAAAUGGCUAUGCAAUUUCAUUGGUUUAUCUAA